AUGCCAGACGAGAUUGUUUUCAAAAAGCGCACAGCCAAGGGCACUGGCUCAGCAAGGCAGAAGGAACGACAGAAAUCGGAAUCACCUGAACGUGAUGCAGAAGAAAGUACGAGCGCUCCAAUGCUGUCUUUCAAACAGAAGCAAAAGAGUAGAAAGCAGCCACGACGUUCAAAUCUCUCUUUUGGUGGUGUAGAAGACACUGCAACAGCUGCAGCUGAUAGCUCUUCCAAGUCUAAAAACAGUCUUCUAUCUCAAUCGAUCAGUAACAGGUUACCAAGUAGAGCGGAAGACGGGGAUGCGGGAGACACAUCAACCACAUCGACCACAUCAAAUUAUUCUCAACUAGCCAUCGAUCAGCUCAAGGCGAGCACUCCGUCCAAAGAUGACGUCCAACUGAGCAUUACUGAUGAAAUGGAUAGCGAGGACGGCUACAGCGACAUAGCUAAGCGCAUAUAUGGCACAGCAAUCAAAGAUAGUAAACAAGGUCCCAUACCGACAACUAUGGCGAUCAACACUGCCAAAAAGAAGAGACAUGCCGGUUCACAGUCGACAGAGAGCGACUAUCUCAGUCUUAAUCUUGAUGGCGGUAACAGCAGCCAUAGUCACGCUCUCACAAUUUCUGGUGAUAACGUUGAUAAUGGUGGUGGAAUAGAAAGCAGACUGCAGCACGAAGAUGAUGUUUUUGGCGAUGAUGUCAUGGGUGCUUUUACAGGUGCUGAUGAGAGCAUACACCUUACCAACCAGGCUGAGGCGGAUGCGCUGCGGCGACAGCGCAAGGAGCGUGGCGAGAUGAUAGAUGAAGUAAUGGAUGAAGCUGAGGCUUCAGAUGAAGAACAGCAGGCAUGGGAGAAAGCACAAGCGAAGCGAGCUAUGGCGGGCAGCAACCGUCAUGAGAAGGAUGAAGAGGAUGAUAAAGAAGUGUACAUUCCAGCGCCAAUACCCGAAACAACCCCCCUCCCGACUCUGGAUGGCGCUAUUGCCCGACUCAGGGACAUGCGUGUUGAUGGCGAAAGAGCUCACAGCGAGAAACAGAAACUGUCGGAAUUGUCGCAGAAGGAAUUGGUCGAUCUCUCCCAAUCAGAGUCUGAAACACGCCAACAGGUUGAAGAGGUUGAGACGCGUAGGUCGUUCUUCGAUGAUUUGCGCACAUGGGCGGACGAUAUUGCGAGCUUCUUAGACGAUAAAGAACCAGAAUUAAAUAAAAUUGAGAAACGCCACGAUGAAAUAAUCACAGAGCGCUCAUCGAUACUUUCCAAACGGAGAGAAGGUGGUGAAAUGGCGAUCACGCUGGCACCAAGUGAAGAAGGAGACUACGCAAAAGCCAAAGAGAGUAUAAAGGGAGAUGUGAAGCGUCUAUUUGAAGAUGUGAAGGCAGCUACUUUCCUUGAUCCGUCUCAAGUGCUCAAUGAAAAGUUUAGCGAGUGGAGGAAAGCAUUCGGUGAUGAAUACUUACGUGCUUGGGCACCUCUGGGGAUGGUGAGCGUUUGGGAGUUUUGGACAAAGGUGGAGAUGACAGGCUGGGAUGCGCUUAGAGAUUCAAAUAAGUCUAUUAUGACGCUUAAAGCUUACGAAUUCUGUCAUAAUUACACAUCAAGUCACGAUACAGAUGAUGAGAUGCACACUGAGGAUGAAGAAGCAAAGUUGAACAUGGAUAAGGAGUGCAUACCGCACUUGCUGUCGACUAUCAUAAUCCCGCACUUGAUAAAACAUUUUGGAAAUGGCGGCUACGAUCCAUACAACGAAACUGAAACGCGGUAUGCUUUGGAUAUGGUAGAGAUGGUCGAAGGUGGAUUAAGUGGGAUGGACGACGAGAAGAUAGAUAUGCUAGUCAUGUCGUUGGUGCAGAUAGUAACAAGCACUAUAAAUGAAAUACCUGCUAAUAUAAAUACCGAGCUAGCAAAAAGUAUCCUCAAGAAUGCAGUCAGUUGGAGACGGAUACCGACAUCAAUCAAGCAGCAAACAGGAUAUGAUGGCAAUGUGCAGCAGAUGAGGGAAUUAUUGAAUAGUCGCGGUGUAAAUACUUAG